AUGCUGGGCGAUUUGCUUCGUAGGGCUUCGCCUUAUAAUGGUGUUCAUAGUAAGCCUGCGUCGCUUAUUGGAGACGUUUAUAGUUCACCAGCGCACUCUAAUACUACUAUUACCGGUGAAAAUGAUAUUCCUGUGAAAGUGCCAGCGUUUCUUACUUAUGAUGAGGAAUUUGGGUCGUCUUUGCCCUGUCCAACGACGUCUCCUCCCAUGUUGGAUCAUGUGAGCGAUGCGCUGAGAUACAAGUUGUUUGCCAGUAAAAGCGUACCGUACAGCUUGCCAUUCCAAUCGACUGUGCUCUCUUCAUAUGCAUUUAGAGUAUUAGUCGCGGAAGAAACCGGGCAUAUGAUGCAUAGGAAUCAUUACAACGUUGUAUUCGAUUAUUCCACGGCCAAGAGCCCAAGUAUGGAUCAGAUACGACCUAAUGAACUGAAAGAAUAUAUCUUUGGUUCUCCAGUACGAUCUUCUGAUUCUUCACAGGGAAACAAGUUCAGAACAAUCCCCAACUCGGAGCUAGUGAUGGUUACAAGAACGUUUUUCUUCGAAGCAAGGACAAACAAUAGGUUGGCCGUGUCGUUAUGCGUACCGCAUAUAUUACUGCCUGUCAUUUCUGAGAUAUGGCCGAAUAUCUCGCGAUGGUUUGAUCAGUGCCAGGAGAUUACUUUAUCGAUGCUAAGAGCGAACUUGUUAUCCAGACAUGGUCACAGACUUUCGUGUGAAGGAUACUUACCCCAAAAUCUGAAAUCGGUCUUUCCUACGGAAUGUGACAGUAUAGUCACUUUACUACGGAACAACCUGAUCCCAUGCUUUCGGUCAACUUCUGAAAUUCCAAGGCUAUUCCUGUGUCCAGAGUCGUCUUAUUUUUUCGUUGAAACAUGGUUUAAAGAUGUCUUCAAUUGGAUGGAGAUAAAGGAUGGGCCACGCUUAAAAUUUUUACCAGCACUUUUGGCGAAGAUUAUCUGCGAUUUCCAGGAUCCAACAGCCGCAAAAGAGACUACAAGGAUUGUAACCAUGUCCGGGAAUAUGGUGGUGGCUAACAAAUUAAUUUUUAUAAUCUCAGGCCUCUUAAAACCGCGAUUCAAGGGCAGCAUUGAGAUCGAAAGUAGGACAGAACUUUCCGAUGAUUGUUCUGACAACCAUAAGAAGCAUAGCAUCAAGAAGGAGACAGGAAGUCACGAGAAAUCGAGCGUCGACCUUUCGAAAUACCUCUCGACAAAGAACGCAUGGGAAAUACCUAGAGAUCAUAGUUUGGGUAGUAAAGUAUCUCUUUCUUCUGACGAAUCAUUGGCAUACGUUAUUCAGCCUUCCUCUUUGAAAAGUGUCAGUAACUCUGUCCAAUGCCUUUCAUCAUCCUUAUCGAGCCAACACGGCUCAUCGUAUGGGUCUUGGUUCAACAAAAGAGGCAAUGGUUCACAAGCGACACUCAAUAGCCCUUCCGUUAAGACAGAUAACUGGGACAAUCUGAGUACCACAAACGGCAACGUGCCAGGGGUCAUGCCAAAGACCGCUAGCAACUCCUCAUUACAUCAAAUCUAUCUAAGAGGUUCUGGUAUAACACCCGGACCAUCACCUUCGAUCAGUGAACUUGAGGAAUACCCGUGGUUUGGUACUGGAAGUUCCCCUCGUCUUGAGAACAAUCAGCCUUUGCAUCCAGUGGGUAAACAUAGUCUCAGUGGUGUACCACUUGGAGAACUGAACAUCAAAAGGGACUGUCAGAGACUCUGUCAGGAUGAUCUUCUAGACAGCGCUUUCGAACGUAUUUGUAAACCAGAUAAACAUGAUCUGGAUGGUAAAGAGUUCGAAAUAAUACCGGGCGAUUCUAGACACGCAGCUUACUUGCAACUUGAUGUCGAUUACGAGUCUGCGCACAAGGAAAGACCCACUGAACUUUUGCCCAAGUAUACAACCUACCUGGCUCAUUUUAAUCAUUGGUUUCAUCUACAAGCGUUCCCUGUGGCCCCCGAUUCAGAGUCUCAAGUCGUUCUUGCCAUGAGGAGGGACUUACAAGCUCGAAAUAAUACCAGAAGUUUACUUAUCUCUCUACGAUCUCGGGAAAUCAAGGAACUGAGUAUCAUGAGGAAUGAAUCCGCCCCCACAGGCAGGUCACAUCAUGGUAUAGUACAAAAGACAAAGAAGAUUUUCAACAAUGGGAAAUGUGGAAACGUCUCUACAAGACUGCUCAACUGUAUAUCUUUUGUCAGUGAGAGCAUUCGGAGGGCAAUGUUGCUCCACGAAGACACAGAAAUCGCGCCUCAACAAAGAAACGAGGAGAUGAUGAUGAUCUUUCAGUCCCUAUUAUACUACUCUACCUCCUGA